AUGAGUCUGGCAAAGCAGAAGAUCAGGGCGAAGAUUCGUGUGCAGACGAUCUUUGCAGAGCUUUUGGUCACAAGCCCUGCGCCAGCAAAAACCUCUGAGGUGGGCGGAGAGGCCCUCAAGUUGGCGCAGACAGACCGGCCGCUGCCAAAGUACUUCGCCACAGCGGCUCCCAAGCUUCAGACGGUGGAGGCUGUGGACAAAGCCGCACAAGAUGGUGGAUCCCAGGAGCAAAGAGAUCUGCUGGCACCAGAGUUGUGUGGCGACUUCUUUCUACUGUGCAUGGCACUGAAACGACAUCCGCAGCCUCCCACCGAGGAGGAUGCGAACUUGGACCUGGCAGCGGCCAACCGGCUCUUCGAGCUCUCGCCCGAGGCCUCCGCAGCCUCCUUGGAGCAAAUGGCCAAGUUGGCAGAGCAAAUCCUCGCGCAGGGAUGUGAAGAGCUGCAAAGCCCUCCCUUUCUGCGUGCCAUCAUGGUAAUGUUGGCCCAUCCUGGCUUGGGAGAGCCCGGUGACUUUGAGGCCUUGAAGAAGAUCCUCCGACUGCUGGGUCAGCUGCAACGCCUGAAACCAGCAAAGGAGACCCUUGUGAAGUGGUUUAGCCAGCUGCCUUUGACCGUGUUGGAGGGCCGGCUGGGCCAGAUGCAGCAGUUUAUCACGCUCUCGCUGCUAGAAGCGCAGGGUGAAGGCUUCUCCAACCUUGACGAUGUCAUCGCCGUGGCCCAAAAGGACGGCCUGGCGAGGCACGUGCGGAAUGCCCUGCGGAUGAUGGACAUUUGCUGGGGUGCCAAUGAGCUACGCAUUGAGCACCAACAAGACUGGCGCACUCGGCGUAAGGCACAGCUCAUGCGGCAGCAGGGGCAGAUCCUUGAAGAUGAGGGUGCACUCUGCUUGCCUUUGACGCAGUUCCACAACGACGCAAUCAACGAGUGUGGGGAAGGUGUGCUGAAGCACGAUCUCAAAGAGGUCCUGGAGAUGCAGUAUCACAACAGAGGUCAGUACUUCACUAGUGUCGAGGAUGAGCGGCGCCGCGACUUUGGUAUUGUGGAGUUUCCUUUCGUGCUGACGCCCGUGUCGAAGGUGCGGAUGCUGAACAUCGAGAGUUUAUUGCUUCAGCGGGAAGAGAUGCGCAGCAGUAUGGCUUUGUCUGUCCUGCUGCGCUUUCAACUGAACCAGAACCCCUGGCUGGUCCUGAAGGUACGAAGGAGUACUAUUGUCGAGGACGCCCUACAACAGCUGGCAGUCUUCGGCCGGGAUCAGUUGAAGAAGCCCUUGAAGGUGGUCUUCGAUGGCGAGGAAGGUGUCGACGAGGGAGGUGUGCAGAAGGAGUUCUUUCAGCUGCUGGUGGAGCAGCUUUACAACGAGGACUUCGGGAUGUUCGAGAGAAUCGACGAGAGUCGGAACUUCUGGUUCAACAAGAACUCCUUUGAGGUGAAUCUUCAAUUCGAACUCUUUGGCACCGUACUUGGCCUGGCCAUCUACAACCAGGUGAUUCUGGAUGUGCAUUUCCCCAUGGCCGUGUACAAGAAACUGAUGCACGGGAGCUCGACCAAGCUGGGGCUACAGGAUUUGCUUGAUUUCCAGCCCUCCUUGGCACAGGGUCUCAUCGGUCUCCUCGAGCAUGAGGAUGCUGGCAGCUUUCAAGAGACGUUUGGUCCUUUACGCUUCGUGGUGGAAUACGAGUGUUUCGGCGCUGUUCAGGAGGCUGAGUUGAAAGAGGGCGGGAAGGACAUCGAAGUGACCUUUGAGAACCGUGAGGAGUAUGUGCGCAGAUAUUGCGACUACAUCUUCAACACCUCAGUGGAGCGCCACUCGGUGCACAUCGGGGAAUACCGGUUGGUUCAGCACGGCACCAUCGGAAGAGCAGCAAAUAGACCAUUUGGAAUCCUCAUGGUGUAG